GCGGACGGCGUUGAACCUGCCUAACUUUGCACCGAGUCAGAAUCACCAGCACGCCCGAAACCCACUUUUCAUUAACCCAAACUUGGGACUCGCAUCAGCAAGCACCGCUCUCUUCUUCCUCGUACCUUAUCAUUUCAUUCCCUGCGAACACAAAAGAUGCCUGUUGUCGGUUCGGUUCUCCAAAGCCAAUUUGCCAAUCAACAUGAUCAAAAGACUGCCGAUGGUCCUCAGGACGCUUGCCUGGGCAUCGAUAUAGGGAGCCACCGGAGCCGCGUCUGUCUCUGGAAAUUGGGCACCACGAAACCAAUCGUUGUCGAGAACAAAGCCUACCACGGUCUCACGGGCCCUUACACGCCCUGUGACUUUCCAUCGGCCCUCUACAUCUUCGAUGACGUCUCCCAGGACGUUUACUUCCUCGAGGACGAAGACCUAGGCCGGCAAUGCGUGUCGGCAAAGUAUGCUUUUUACCCUCUCGCGAACGCCUCCGACACACUGCUGGAGCAAUAUCCUUCGGUCCACCACCUUACCAGCAGAAAGGAUGACCCAAUGUUCCGUGCCCAGCUCCGCAGGGGUCUGAUCGCAUUGCUCUCCGGGCUCCGUGACGCCGCCAGCGCCGUGUGCUACGAACAGGGUCUCCGCAUUGUCAGGAUCGGCCUUACGAUCCCGGUACAGUGGGGGCUCGAAUUUGAGGAUUUGUACCGUGGUCUUGUCAUGGAGGUGUUUCGGAUGCGUGACCUAGAUCAGAUCCACUUCUUCACCGAGACAGAGGCGCUAUCGAGAUACCUAUACAAACACCACGCACACGAGCUUGAUCCACGCGACCGCCACGAUGCCAUUCUCUUUCUUGACUUUGGGGGCCACAACAUGAACGGCUGUCUCUUUGGCGUUGCCCGGGACCAUGACCGUCCGGAUGGGAAUAGCUUUUUCCGAGUUGGGAGCCCUUUUGGCGCCGGUGGGGGAUCCGAGCAGUGGGAAUACCACAUCGUCCAAUGGUUUUCCGACCGCUUCUCUCAAGACACAAAGGUCCCCGUACCUCCGAAUGAGCUCGAGGAUUUCCUCACCAGAUUCCGGAGCCAAAAGAACAAGAGGGCGGCCUCGCGCAGGCCGAUCACCACCAAUUUCCCCAUGCCCAACAGCAUUGAUACCUGGCGAGCGACCCUAACCGUGGAGGAGAUAGAGCACGCCUGGAAGAGAGGCCUCCGUGGGCCGCUCCGUACUGCUGAACGGGAAAUAUCGCGCCUCGUCGAGAGGACGAAGCUGGGCGUGGUAUCCCAGCCUCUCGUCGUCGUUUCGGGCGGCACAGCCCGCAACCCGGCAGUGAAAUCACGCAUAACGUCCUUAUGUGAUGCAAAGGGCGUAUCCGUGGUUUUCACCGACGAGUUUAAUGUGCGGAUAGCAUACGAUUCCGCCAAGGUCGCAAUGGCCGCAGCCUACGUGGUUAGCGAAACCCUCACAGUCGAGGAAUUCUUCCAACGAGGGGCUGCCAUCGGUUUGCAGAUGCGCCAGGCCCGGGAGCAGGGCAAACCAAAGACAGAACCCAGGGAGUGGGAUGACUGGGGAAGGGUGCUGUUGGAUCUGGACGGCCAUCACACGGUCAAGUUCUCCGCGAGACGCACCGACGAGUUCCGCCUCAUCUGCGACCCCUUCUUCUCAAGACUACCCCGCAACCAACGAGAACGGCUGCGGGUCCCGGUGAGCAGGACCUACGACCUUGUCUACCUUGGCAGGCUGAAACAAGGGUCCUGGACCUUCCGACCCUCGCUGCGCGGGUCCGGCGACGACAUGCUGCUCGAGAUCGAGCAGUUGUACAGGAGGAAGGACAAUGCCCGGCUCCGUUUCCGAACCGACAAGACCCUGAAGCUGCCCCUCUACUUUGACAGGAACAGCAGCUGCAUCCACGUCGGCGCCCGGAACUGCGACAUCUCCGAGCUCGGGCUCGAUCUCCCGCCGCAGCCUACGGACGAAGAGGGGGAGACGUCGUCAGAUGACGACGACGAUAGCGAGCUGGAAUCGGAUAUGGACUCGGACUUUCACAUGUAAUCAAUCCUUCAUAAUUGGAGUCUAGGGCAGAUGUACAUACAUCUAGAAAAGGAAACAGAGUCGCCGUUGCAUAAUCUAUCAUUAGAUAGAUUCAAUACGGUUGAGACCUUUAUAAUCUCGGUCUGAGGCUCGAACAUAAAGGUGGUGGGUUACGGAAGUGCAUGAACAUACAGGAAUGCUG